AUGCUGAACUCACAGAACCCGGCGGUAACCCAACCGCCAACGGCGGGGCACGGCUCUUCGUUGCCCUCUCUUGACUUUGGCAACUUCAGGACAUCUUCGUCCCAGAACAGCUACUAUCCGUCUGCGACCCAACAACCACAAAGCUCUACCCAAAGUAGUUACUACGCAUCACCGUCGACACCACAGCAAGGCUCAUAUCCUGGUUUCCAAGGGGCACCACCAUCGCAAUUAUCCCCGACAGGUUACUCACCGUCGACAUCCCAAGGGAAUGCGUCACGCGGACUGGGAUCGAUAUCGAGCAGCGGCAGCAGCGCAUCCGGGCUACAGUACGUGACGGGCAGCAGACCUCAGCAAUAUGGUCUCCAGUCUCAUCAUCACUACUCGCUCAACGGGCACGGACACGGUCCCGUGCUGAGCAACAUGCACCAGCCCGGCACACCGUUGGCCAUGGUGGGCAUGUCAGGCAUUCAUUAUGGCACCCACCAUCCGAUGCCUCAGUACCAUCGGUAUGGAGCUGGCCACGACCAACUGGGACCUCGUCAAGGGGACCGACCAUACAAGUGUGAUCAGUGCACACAGGGCUUCAACAGGAAUCACGACUUGAAGCGCCACAAGAGGAUACAUUUGGCUACGAAGCCAUAUCCUUGUGGCAACUGUGAGAAAUCUUUCUCGAGGAAGGAUGCGUUGAAGCGUCACAGACUAGUCAAGGGUUGUGGAAAGAAUGAUCAGGUCAACGGAAACAACACCAAGCCGGGAGGAACGACGACAGGAACGGCGGCGGACAACAACACACGGCCACCGGGCGAUUACUCGGUAAAGAUGGAACGCAUCGACGAAAAUGCGAGUGAUGACGGAGCAGUGGCGCGAUUGGCAGCGUAA